UGACCAACUGUGUAUUUUAUCCAUUUUCCAUCCUGGGCUCAUUCGAUUUAGGGCAGAAAAUAAAAAUUAAAAGAUAAAAUCCGACCCAGAACAAAAACGCAAGACCUCGAUCGUUGAUCUACCUUGCAGGCUAUAACCCCUACGAAACUGAAGAUAUUGAAGGGCUCUUUCUCAACAGCUAAUGAUUUUAUGCAUGUUUCAUUGACACUUGUGCAAUGUCGGGGUUACUUAAUUCUUCUAUUAAUGGAUCAGCUUCAAAUCUUCCGGACAGUAGCGGACGUUCUUUUGGAACAUCUUUCUCAAGUCAGUCUGGUGCGGCUUCCCCUGUUUUCCAUCACGCUGGUACUAUUCAAGGCCUGCACAAUAUUCAUGGUAGCUUUAAUAUUCCCAACAUGCCUGGUACCCUCACAUCUAGAAACUCAACAUUAAGUAAUGUUCCAACUGGUGGGGUUCAACAACCUACUGGGAGCCUUUCUGGUGGCAGAUUUGCAUCAAAUAAUCUCCCUAUUGCUCUUUCUCAGUUAUCUCAUGGCGGCUCCCAUGGACAUUCAGGAGUGACAAAUAGAGGAGGUAUUAGUGUUGUAGGAAACCCUGGAUUUAGUAGUAACACAAAUGGAGUUGGUGGCUCUAUACCUGGGAUUCUACCAACCUCUGCUGCAAUUGGUAACCGUAAUGCUGUUCCAGGAUUGGGAGUAUCCCCAAUUUUGGGAAAUGCAGGUCCUAGGAUCACGAGUUCUAUGGGAAACAUGGUUGGUGGAGGCAACAUCGGGAGGAGUGUCAGCUCUGGUGGAGGAUUAUCUGUACCUGGUCUUGCAUCUCGUCUGAAUUUAAGUGCCAAUAGUGGAUCAGGAAGUUUAAGUUUGCAGGGACAGAAUCGGUUGAUGAGUAGUAUGCUUCCUCAAGGAUCUCCUCAGGUAAUUUCAAUGUUAGGCAAUUCUUAUCCUAGUGCUGGGGGUCCACUUUCCCAGGGCCAUGUUCAAGCUGUGAACAAUCUUAGCUCUCUGGGAAUGUUGAAUGAUGUGAACUCAAAUGAAAAUUCCCCUUUUGACAUAACUAAUGAUUUCCCUCAGUUGACAAGUCGUCCUAAUUCUUCUGGAGGGCCUCAAGGACAAUUGGGUUCAUUACGAAAACAAGGUCUUACUCCCAUUGUUCAACAGAACCAAGAGUUCAGCAUUCAAAAUGAAGAUUUCCCUGCUUUACCAGGCUUUAAAGGUGGAAAUGCUGAUUAUGCAAUGGAUUUGCACCAGAAGGAGCAACUUCAUGACAAUACCAUUUCAAUGAUGCAAUCUCAGCAAUUCUCUAUGGGGAGAUCUGGAGCAUUUAAUUUGGGUGGAUCCUAUUCAUCUCAUCGCCCACAGCAGCAGCAACAUGCUCCAUCAGCCAGUAGUAGUGGUGUCUCCUUUGCAUCUGUAAACAACCAAGAUCCUCUUCAUUUACAUGGCUCUGAUAUUUUCACAUCUUCGCAUUCGGGCUACCGCACACAGAACAGUGGGCCACCUGGGAUUGGGCUAAGACCUCUAAAUUCCUCAAAUACGGUUUCUGGUAUGGGUUAUGAUCAGCUUAUCCAGCAAUAUCAGCAACAUCAAAACCAGUCCCCCUUUCGUCUGCAACAGAUGUCAGCUGUCAAUCAGUCAUUUAGGGAACCAGGCUUGAAAUCAACACAGGCUGCGCAAUCUAAUUCUGACCCUUUUGGUUUACUUGGUUUGCAAAGUGUAAUAAAGAUGACUAAUCCUGAUCUGACUUCCCUUGCUCUUGGAAUUGAUCUGACAACUCUUGGCUUAAAUCUGAAUUCAUCGGAAAAUCUUCACAAGACUUUUGGUUCUCCAUGGUCAGAUGAACCUGCUAAGGGUGACCCAGAGUUCACCGUGCCACAAUGUUAUUAUGCUAAGCAACAACCUGCUUUGCAUCAAGGCUAUUUUUCGAAGUUUACAGUGGAUGCGUUGUUCUAUAUAUUUUACAGCAUGCCAAAAGACGAAGCCCAAUUAUAUGCUGCAAAUGAACUUUAUAAUAGAGGCUGGUUUUACCACAAGGAGUUCCGAUUCUGGUUCAUGAGGGUCCCCAAUGUGGAGCCACUAGUUAAGACAAACACAUACGAGAGAGGUUCAUACCACUAUUUUGAUCCCAACUCAUUUGAAAUAAUCCGCAAGGAUAAUUUUGUCGUCCAUUAUGAGUUGUUGGAAAAGAGACCGUCGCUACCUCAACAUUAAUAUUUUUCCCCCUCAUUUACACUGUAAAGCACAAGCAUGUAACUCAUUCCUUUAUAACAUCAGUUUGCAGCGUUUGUGUUUUUGCAAAUUUUAGCGAUUUUAAGCAUUUCUGUUCAUCUUUUUCCCAAGCCAUUGUAGCUUCUUUACAAAUCUAAUGCAUACCAACAUUUCCAUCUAUGACAUUCCACCGAGUCACUGAAGACUUGCUUUAA